AUGGCCCGUGCUCUUUCCUACCCCUCGUUCCUCCUGCGUCGACCAGAUGGGGCAGGCUCUCCCCCACCACGCCAUGUCGAUAAAGUCUGUCGUUCCUGCCAGGGUUCACUUUUAUCUCAGACAGCACGUGGGUCACGCUUGCUCUUGCCGUUGUGCCUCAGCGCUGGAAUUCGAAAGAAAGUUUCCAACAUCUUCGAUUUGCCGCCUCGUAAGCACGCCAACUUCAGUCCAGCAUUGGGGUCGAGUUGA